AUGCCCAAGGCAGAGGUCGGCUCGGUCAAGCACCUUAACAACAAGCUCAAGUCCAAGGGCUUGCAACGGCUGCGAUGGUACUGCCAGGUCUGCGAGAAGCAGUGCAGAGAUGCAAACGGGCUCAAGAUGCACACUCAGUCCGAGAGCCACGUGCGGAAGAUGCUCAUCGUCGGCGAGGACCCCAAAAAGUUCAUCAACGACUUUAGCAACCAGUUCCUCUCCGACUUUAUGAGCCUCCUCAAGACGAGCCACGGCGAGAAGCAGGUGCAAAUCAACCACUUUUACCAGCAAUAUAUUGCCAACAAGGAGCACAUUCACAUGAACGCCACAAAAUGGCCGUCGCUGACCGAGUUUGCCAAGCACCUCGGCCGCGAGGGCCUCUGCCGCGUCGAGGAGGAUGACAAGGGCAUACACAUUGCGUGGAUCGACAACUCGCCGGAAGCGCUGCGAAGGCAGGAGGCGCUGCGACGCAAGGAGGCGCAGACCCAGGGCGACGAGGAGAUUGAGCAGCGCAUGAUUCGCGAGCAAAUCAGGCGCGCGCAGGCAAACGCGGGCGCGCGGAGCGACGAGGCGGAUACGGAUAAAGAUACAGAGGAGCGCGAGCUGAAGCGACGAGAGGGCGAAAUGAUUACGUUGUCGUUUGGCGGCGCCAACAAGGCCAAGACGACGGCCACGACCACGACCACGCCCGCGGACGAGGCUGCUGGGAACGUCGAGGCAGACAAGGGCGAUAAUGAAGCAGACGCUGUCGCUGCGACGGACGCAAAGAAACCAGCCGGCGGCGGCGGCGGCUUCUCCUUCAAGGCUGCCGGCAAGGCGCCCGUCAAAAACGUCUUUGCACAGGCCAAGAAGAAUGCGCUGAGCGGCGGCAGCGGAGGCAAGAAGCCGUCUGCCUUUGAGCAACCCAAGAAGAUGAGUGAAGCGGAGCGCAUCAUGCGCUUGGAAAUGGACCGCAAGCGUGGGCGCGACGGGACGAACUCCGGGGGGAAUCCGCUGAAGAAGCAGAGAAGCGGUUGA